AAUCAAUGGCAGUGUUCAACUCAAAAGUGGGUCUACCAGAAUGAUUGAAAGAACUUGAUGAGCAGCUGUCAUCUGUAAAGGUAAAUAAGAGGGAACAAGACACUUUGUAGAGAAGAAACAAAUGAAACCAAAGUGAGUAGUAAUAUGCAAUAUCGAAGAACCAAAACGAAGACUAAUUAGUCUAGGCUCUAUAUUACAAUUACAAAUACAAAUCUUUCUCGCGACAUCGAUAAAUCAUCCUCGACAACAUCAUAUCCACCAGUAGCCUGAAAGAAAUGUCGACUGCAUCUCGGAUCAUACGGGAUGAUGACAUCAAGGUCUGGGUUGAGGCAGCAGUGGAUUCAGCUAUUCCAGCGUUAUUAAGGCCUACCGCAAUCUAUCUUGAGAAGCAUUUACUUUGGCGUGGUUUCUUCAAUGGGAAUUUGGCAGUCUCGGUUCCAACAUUUCUUCAAUGGGAAAAUGAACGGUCAUCUUAGAAGAUGUACCUCAAGAUGAAUAUUUUUCGGUGAGCCAGCAGCUGGUUCUAAUUUUAGAGCCAACGAUCUCGUCUGCAUUUCGAAAACAAGAGGAACUAGUGUUGCAAAUGCUCACGACUAUGGAUCGGAAUACGCAGAAAAUGUCCGAAACGAUAGCGAAUCAAGGGAGGUUGUUCAUAUGUAUGGGCAUCGCAGGCUUUGUAAUCGCUGACGCUAGGUGGAGUCGGUGGGAGAAGAUCGGCCACUUGAGUGCUGGGAUAGGCACGUUUUUUUUGCUCAGCAAAUUCUUGGAUUGGCACAACGCUGUGAGAACCUGAAGAAGGAGGUGACGUUUAUUUUAGAGCCUCUUGCUUCAUUGUGAG